AUGGUUCACACCCACCGCAUGGGCUCCGUGCUCGAGGAGCGCCGUGACCCCAAUUUCAAUACAUGGACUGAGAUCAUCCCUGAGCGUGUGAGAGAUACCGCCAAAUCUAAAGGCGUCGUGCCCAUCAAUGGCGGCAAAGGCAGCAAUAUUCUUGGUCCCGAUAACCCAGAGCGUGCGCAGCAGUCAUACUCGCUGGUCAAGCCACCUGUGACGGACGCCGGCAAGAUGCCCAAUAUGAAGUGGAGCUUCACAGACAGCCACAUGCGUCUUGAGGAAGGCGGCUGGGCGCGUGAGACGACGGUGCGCGAGCUCGGCACAUCCAAAGAGCUGGCGGGUGUGAAUAUGCGGCUUGAACCUGGUGUCUAUCGUGAGCUGCAUUGGCACUCAGAGGCGGAGUGGGCAUACAUUCUAAAAGGAUCCUGCCGAAUCACGGUUCUGGACGUCGAGGGUGGCAGCUUCAUCGAUGAUCUCGAGGAAGGUGAUCUCUGGUAUUUCCCUACUGGCUUCCCCCAUUCGAUCGUCGGCACUGGAGACGAAGGCACCGAGUUCCUUCUCGUCUUUGACGAUGGCAACUUCAGCGAGGACUCUACCUUCCUCCUCACGGACUACCUCGCCCGCACGCCUAAGGAUAUCCUCGCCAAGAACUUCCGCAUUGACGCCCGCACCUUUGACUCGCUGUCCCAAAAGGAGAAAUACAUCUUCCAAGGCUCCAUCCCUGGCUCCCUCGACUCGGACCGCAAGCAGGUCAUCUCUUCCAAGCACCGCUUCACGCACCGCCUUCUGGAGCAAAAGCCAAUCAAGUUCGACGGCGGCGAGGUGCGCAUCGUCGACAGCACCAACUUCCCCAUGUCCAAGACGGUGGCGGCUGCGCAUGUCAUCAUCAACCCGGGCGCUCUGCGUGAGAUGCACUGGCACCCUAACGCCGACGAGUGGAGCUUCUUCAUCAGCGGCAAGGCGCGUGUCACCAUCUUCGCCAGCAACGGCAAUGCCCGCACCUUCAACUACCAGGCCGGCGACGUUGCCGUCAUCCUCAAGAACCACGCCCACUACGUCGAGAACAUUGGUGACGAGCCCGUCGAGAUGCUCGAGAUGUUCCGCGCUCCUCGCUUCGAGGACUUUAGUGUCGAGCAGUGGCUGGCGCAGACGCCGAGGACGUUUGUUGCUGAGCACAUGAACUUGACCGGCAGCAGGAAGGAGGAAUUCCUCAACGGCUUGAGCAAGAGCCCCGCUGCUGUGAAGCCGCCCCUCAAGAAGAGCAAGAGCUAUGAUGAUGCGGGCCUAUGA